AUGCCUCGCAAGCAGACCAAGUGCAUUGGAAACAUCUUUACAGGCAAGAAUGCCGGCAGCGACUGCGACCUCAAGCCAAUCGGCAAGGGGCUCAUGCUCUGCACGCAUUGCGCGCAGGUGCACUACCAUGUCGUUGCCGUGGUGGACGUAACAGCCGCCGUCGCUAUCUGA